CAAACACCUCUGUAUAGUGUAUACUUGCUCUGCUUCGCACUUGCUCUCUAUGUCCAAACUGCGACCUGAAUACCUCGCAAACCUCAGAAAAUCGGUGAAAACAGCGCUGGAGCAAUCUUCAUUUGCCGGCGCCUGGAAGCACCAAUUCUUGAAGGUGAAUCCAAUUCAUCCAGAUUUUGAUGUGGUCUCGGCAAACAAAGCGAUAACGUUGGGCUGCAAAACGGGGGAGCUGGAACAUGCCCGGCAACUUUUCGACACAAUGCCUGAUCGAACUGUCGUCUCUUGGAACACCAUGAUUACCGGAUACUCCAAGUGGGAUAUGGUUCCCGAAGCUCUAGAUUUGAUUUCGCUCAUGCAUCGUUCCGGUGUCAAGCUCGAUGAAACUACAUUUUCGACCUCGCUUAGCGUUUGUGGGCGUGGGCAGUCGUUAGUUUGUGGGAAGCAGAUUCAUGGGUUGGUUAUGAAAUCCGGGCAUCAAAGGUUUAAGCUUGUGGGAAGUGCACUGUUGUACGUUUAUGCUAGUUGUUGUAAAAUUGGAGACGGGCGGAGGGUGUUUGAUGAGUUGCACCGAGAGAACGAAUUGUUAUGGAGUUUGAUGCUUGUGGGUUAUGUUGAGUGUGAUUUAAUGAGUGAAGCACUACGUUGAUUUCAGGUUAUGUGAAGAGUGAGGAUGGGUGCAAGAAGGGGUUAGAGUUGUUUAAGGUGAUGAGGGAAAGUUCCGAGGCUGUUCCAAAUGAGUUCACUUUGGAUUGUGUAGCGAGGGCUUGUGGUAGAUUGGGGGAUUUGUGGGGUGGAAGGGUGGUUCAUGGGAUUAUAAUAAAAUCUGGGUUCGAAUACGAGUGUUCGAUUGGUGGUGCUUUGAUUUGUUUGUAUUCUAGCUGUGAAUUUAUGGAUGAUGCCAAGAAGGUUUAUGAUAAUAUGUUGGAUCGAUGCGCGAAUGAUUCAAAUGAGUUAAUUGGCGGGUUUCUCAAGAUAGGUAAGAUCGAAGAAGCUGAGUUGAUUUUUAGCAAUAUGGUUGAGAGGAAUCCAGUUUCGUACAAUCUGAUGAUUAAAGGUUAUGCAAUGUGUGGUCGAGUUGAGGAUUCAGAAAGGUUGUUUCAUGAAAUGCCUGCCAAGAUCUUAAGUUCUCUGAAUACUAUGAUCUCAGUGUAUGCGAAGAAUGGUGAGAUCAACAAAGCUCUGGAGCUUUUCGAGAAGGCCAAAGGAGAAGGAAGCCCCAUUACUUGGAAUUCGAUGAUUUCAGGAUAUAUUGAAAAUGAUCAGCAUGAAAAUGCACUGAAAAUGUAUUUAACCAUGCGAAGAUCAUCGAUAAGCCAAACUAGAUCAACCUUCUCUGUUUUGUUUCAUUCAUGUGCCUGCUUGGGGUCUCUUCAACAGGGACAAUUACUUCAUGCACAUCUGGCAAAGACUCCAUUGUCCUCCAACCUGUAUGUAGGCACAGCGCUUACUGACAUGUAUGCAAAAUGUGGAAGCAUUACUGAUGCAAGGGCAGCAUUUAGCUGCAUAUCUUCUCCCAAUGUUGCAGCUUGGACAGCAUUGAUUAACGGACUCGCACAAUACGGACUUGGAUCUGAUGCAGUCUCACUCUUUAAUCUUAUGCUAGAAAAGGGGAUAACUCCAAAUGCAGCAACUUUUGUGGCUGUCUUAUCCGCUUGUGCACGAGCAGGUUUAGCAGACAAGGGAAUGAGAUAUUUCCGUCUAAUGAAAGAGCGUUAUGGUAUAACGCCAACCAUAGAGCACUUCACGUGUGUGGCCGAUCUACUUGGUCGAUCAGGCCUCCUAAAUGAAGCUGAGGAACUUAUUGAUUCGAUGCCAAUUAAAGCAGACAAGAUUCUCUUGAUCUCAUUGCUCCAUGCUAGUUGGUUUUGGAUGGACAUGGAAGUAGGCAACCGAGUGGCUGAAAAGAUGCUCAUGUUGGAUCCUGACCCGUCAUCUGCCUGUGUUAUCAUGUCAAAUAUGUAUUCAGGGUCAGGAAAGUGGGGGCAGAAGCUGAAGGUAAGGGAUUUCCUGAGAGAAUUGGGAGUUAAGAAGGAUCCUGGCUGUAGUUGGAUUGUUGUAAACAAUAGAACCCAUGUGUUUUCUGUAGACUAUAGAAGCCAUCCAAACUCUGAUAUGAUAUAUGCAAGUUUGGAGACUCUGAAAGUAAAUGCACAUUCUUUCUCUUCACAACUGACAGAAAGCAGCAUACCUGAUGUAAAAGCAUACUCUUAUGACUAGAAACUUUUUCUAUCUAUCAUCUACAGGGCCUAUCAACGUACUAACCACAAGAAAAAGCCGUGGCUUCGAGACCCAUAUAUAACCAUGGAAGCUCACUUUUUAAAGAUCUUUCUCCUCCUCUCCAACCAAACCAAAUGUUCUUCCAUCAUAUAACGUGCGU